CCACCUCCUGGUCCCAACUUCGCCCCGCUGAAACACCGCGGCCGCGCCGCCAAUCGCCAUCGCGGGGAGGUGUUGUUUUUUUUUUUUUUAUCCCUUCCCAUUUUGAAUACCCAACCUAAAAAUUCUAAGCGCGCCCCUAGCGGCGACGAGCACCGCAGGGCACAGCCGCGCAGGGUAUAAGGAUUCAGGACUCAAUCAGGAGCUCUCAGGUUGCAGACUUGCAGAAUCUCCUGGUUCUCUAAUGGCAGCUUUGGCUGCGCCCGCGCUGCGCCGUCUCCGCUCGCCGCGGCUCUGCCUUGCCGCCACGGUCAAUUGCAUCAGCAACAAUGCCGCCCCGGCCGCAUCCGCUGGGGUCAACCAUGUGCAGGACUCGAACUGGCGCGUCGCGGAGCUGGCCGCGGCCGGGCGAGUCUCGGACGCCCGCAGGCUGUUCGACGGAAUGCCCGACCGGGACGUGGUGUCGUGGACGGCGAUGGUCGCCGCGUACGCGCGCCGGGGCAUGCUCCAGGAGGCGCGGGUGCUGUUCGACCGCCCUGAUGCGCGCCGGAACGUGGUCACCUGGACGGCGCUGCUCUCCGGCUACGCGCGCGCACGCCGCGUUGACGAGGCCGAGGCCCUCUUCGAGGGCAUGGCGGAGAGGAACGUCGUCUCUUGGAACACGAUGCUGGAGGCGUAUACCGCAGUUGGCCGCGUCGAGGAUGCGUCUGCCCUUUUCAAUCGCAUGCCGGUGAGGGAUGCUGGCUCUUGGAACAUUCUUCUGUGUGGACUUGUGCGGUCAGGGAGUUUGGAGAGGGCUCGUAAGAUGUUUGAGAGAAUGCCAGUGAGGGAUGUCAUGUCAUGGACCACAAUGAUUUCUGGCCUUGCACGGAAUGGAAGCGUUGACGACGCUUGGGUUCUGUUUGAUGCCAUGCCAGAGAGGAAUGUUGUUUCUUGGAAUGCCAUGAUCUCUGGGUAUGCACGAAACCACAGGAUUGAGGAAGCACUUGAUUUGUUCACGAAGAUGCCUAUUAGGGAUGUUGCUUCUUGGAACAUUAUGAUCACUGGCUUUAUCCAGAACAAAGACUUGAAGAGUGCACGGCAACUUUUUGAUGAGAUGCCUAAAAGGAAUGUGAUCACUUGGACCACCAUGAUGAAUGGUUACUUACAAUGCAUGCAGAGUGAAAUGGCACUAAAAUUAUUUAACUGUAUGCUUGUUCAAGGAAUCCAACCAAAUCAAGUGACAUUUCUAGGUUCUCUUGAUGCGUGCAGCAACCUUGCUGCACUCUGUGAAGGGCAGCAGGUUCAUCAGAUGAUAUGCAAAACACCAUCUCAGUUUGAUACUUUUGUGGAAUCCACUCUAAUGAACUUAUAUGCCAAGUGUGGUGAAAUUAGGCUGGCAAGAAAUGUGUUUGAUUUCUCAAUGGAGAAGGACUUAAUCUCAUGGAAUGGGAUAAUCGCAGCAUAUGCACAUCAUGGGUUUGGCAUAGAAGCAAUGCAUUUGUACAAAAAUAUGCAAGAAAAUGGUUAUAAGCCUAAUGAUGCUACCUAUGUGGGAUUGCUCUCAGCAUGUAGCCACGCCGGUUUAGUGGAUGAAGGGCUUAAGAUCUUUGAAUCCAUGGUAAAGGAUAACUCCAUUGUAGUGCGUGAUGAACAUUACACUUGCUUGGUUGAUCUUUGUAGCCGAGCUGGACGGCUUGAGGAUGCUAAAAGAUUAAUUAGCUGGUUCAAGAUUAAACCUACAUCAAGUACCGUUUGGAGUGCCCUUCUAGGUGGAUGCAAUUCACAUGGAAAUGAAAGUAUUGGUGAUUUAGCGGCUAAACAUCUCUUGGAAGCAGAACCUGAUAAUGCUGGAACUUAUACUCUCUUGUGUAACAUUUAUGCUUCAGCUGGUAAAUGGAAAGAAGCAGCAGAAAUUAGGUCAGAGAUGAAUGUUCGAGGGCUAAAGAAACAGCCAGGGUGUAGUUGGAUCGAGGUGGCAAAUAAGGUUCAUGUAUUUGUUUCCCGUGAUAAAUCCCACAGUGAAUCUGACUUGAUCAAUGAUCUGCUGCAGGAUAUUCAUCGCAUUAUGAGAAUGGCUGGUACUGUUCCCAGGGACCAUAUGCUUAUUGAUGUGGAGCUAGUGGGGAUUUAAAAGUAAAUAAAAUGAUGAAUGUCCGAUUAAUUUUCCAGCACAAGAAUUAGCAUAGCUUUUAGAGGAGUUUGGACCUGUGCGGACAGUGGUACCUUGACACCUCCCCUAGCACAGCCCAAUCCUUUAUUUGCAUUCUUAGCAGCAUGCGCAUGUGCUCUGUUCUGGUUAUUCAUCAAUCUGGGUGAUAUAUGUGAGGUAGGUCUUUGCAGAAGCCUUAACCUUACCAAUUUGUUAUGUGUACCUUACCUCUGGGACAAGGAAUAAUGCACUCACAAACGGAAUAUAGUGGUCUAUAUUCCGGCGUGACAUAAUUCUUGGAUUCUACUUUGCUGAUUCAGUGGUAGCUGUUUUUUGUUGUCUGACAGCACCUGCUUUCCCAAGAAAGUCGGAUCAUUUUAGUUUUACGACUUUGGAAGCCAUGUGCUCCAGGACUCCGCCACCAUUGAAAAUCUGCACAGCAGCAGGUGUUGUGCUCUUUGAAUUAAAAUAUGUUAUUCUCAACGCGGCAAUGAGCUGUGCCAUGGAGGGAAACCUAAGGCUGGAUCAUGGUGAGACCCAACAUGAAAGAGGAGUGCAAUGGUGACUAGUGCAUUUAUCCAGAUCUCAAAUGGCUUAGUUGAUUCCUUUAUAUUCUUGGCAUUCCAGUUCGGGGGUGGUAUGCGAAUGGAGGACAUUAGAAAGUAGAAACUGAUGAUUUUUGCCAUAGGGUAAUUUCGAAGUGUUUCUGGGGGCUAAACUCAGUAUACCAAUUGGACAUCUCAACUCAAGGUUAGCUUUUUUCUCUUUCUUUACUGAUCAUUAUUCUGUUAAGAAAUAUAUUUUGCCAUCUUAUUGGAGGAUCUGAGAUUCAGGUGAUUUCAUUUCUUUGCAUGGAUUUAGAAUAUGGACGUAGGAAAAAAUAAUUAUUUUUUGGGCUUAUACAAGUUGCAUAAGAUUAAGGUUAUGGUUUAUGUUAUCAGUUUUCCUUGAUCUGUUCAUGAAGAAUCAAAUGGGCUUACACAAGUUGUACAAGAUUAAGCUGCAUGUUUUCUGUGGUCGCUUUCCCUUUAUCUGUUCCUGGAGAAUCAAGACGAUUUUUCUAGCAGUAGUUAAAAAUAUAUGAGUCCUCUACCUCCUAUUAACUCCUAAGUGAUUGUAUUUCAUUUUGUUGGAUGUUAAUUUUAUAUACUAUAGUGUGGUUCCUAACCUAUA